UUUUACUUCCCCCUUCAGUUAGCUUAGCAACUCAAAAUCUCUAGCCAUGAAAAUUGUAUCUGUUUGACAAAACGAUAAAAACACAGCAUAAGAACACCAGUUCACAGGUUUAACCCAGACCCAACCACAGAAACUCACACAGAGCAAAUCCAGCUCCAGAUAAUCCGAGGACACACACCAAAUGGGCGCCCAGUUGGCCGGCGAAUCGCGUGCCGAGGGCGGAGCGGGAGCAGGAGCAGGAGCAGGAGCAGGACCACACCCACCGCAAGGGCAGGAAUCUGCGACGGAAAAGGCGGAGAAGACGCAGAGCGAGUUGCCGGGGCAGCCGAAUCAGGAACAGGAGGGAGGACGACCCAACCAGAAAGCGGAGCACCCACAACCGAUGCCCGUUUCCGGACGCCACACCAGAUCGCGCAGCAUCACCGCGGAUAUCCAAAGAAUGCCCACGGAGCUCAUUUACGCAGAGUUCGAUCGCCUGAUUCAGCAGGUGGAGCUCCACGUGGGGCAGGUGGCGGCGGAGCCACCGUGCCUGGACGUGGCUGCCCGGCUGCAGAGCUGCCUCCAAGCGCACCCGCAGCGGUCGUGCAACUGCUUUGCGGCCAUGGAGGAGUACCGCCACUGCGUGCUGCGGGCCACCCAGAACCGCGUGGACGACUUGGCGGACAUGGAGCCGCCGACUAUGACGGUGGUGCCGCCCAAGGCGAUGCCGCCGCCCGCUGUGCCGCCGCCGAGUGCGCGGGGCAACCGCAGGUGGUGGAAGUUUUGGACCUGGUUCCGCUAGCCGGAUGCAGUGCGCCCGAGUCCCAAGCGUUGUCCGUUUCACAGCCCCAGCACGAUGCUAGAGAAAUGGCUUUAUUAAUUAAAAGCAUAGGUUUCCCUGGCUGCCGAGGUGGCCAAAAGGUUGCCUACUUCAAGUGGAUUUCGGCACAGUGGCUGCUCGGAAACUCGUAACGGCAGCUUUUAGUUCAAGUUGAUAAUUUAAAGCCAAUUAGAUAGGUAUUUUGUAUGUUCUGUGGAAAAUAUGCACUUUAUUGAUACGUCUGUUGCUAAUAUAAGCAUUCAAUUGUAUUUAUACCCUGAACAUAAUACGUAGGUCUUGGAAAAAGAUUAAAUUACUCUGCUACUGCCUACAGA